ACUGAGCCUCAAAACAGCAACUCUGAAUGGGAAUGCCGAAUUUCCCGUUCCCGCAAGAUGGUUUAUUAUUAUAACCGUGCUACUAAAGAAAGUACUUGGGAACUUCCUCCUGGCGUUGAUCCUAAUACUAUUAAAGGUUAUGGCGAGAAAGUAGAACAACGAGUACAGGCAGUUGAUCCGUUAAGUGGUACAGAACAAAUUAGGGCCA